ACUACAGAGCAAGAUGGCGGCGCCCACUAAACUGACAACGCGAAGCACGCACGACGACUAUGUAUAACCCAGUUUAGCUAUAUUUUUCUAGAGGAAUGAAUUUUAAAAGAAAUAAAUAAACAUAUAAACCGGCGUUGGUCUAUUGGAUGUCCUUGCGAUAUAGAUUUUGUCCACUGUAUUGACUGAUUACAUCGUCUUGUUGAAUCAUGCAUUGAUGGUCUGAUGUUCAUGAGCACUCGUAUGUUUUAGAUCUGCUGGUCACUAGUAAACAGAUCAUCAGAUCGCACUGGAGACAAAAUACGCGGAGAAUAUAACGCCAUUAACAGCUCUCCUCCAACAAUUUUAGUUGCUAUUGCUGAAAACAUUACUCGAUAUUAAAGCAAGCGCAGGCAUGCGAUGUGCGAAGGUGCUGCAGCUCACUCUUGCGGUCAUCAAACCAGAUGCUGUGGCGCAUCCUCUAAUUCUGGAGGCUCUUCAUCAGAAGAUUCUAGAAAACUUCAUUAUUAUCAGAAAGAGAGAUCUGGUGUGGAGAAGAGAAGAUUCAGAAAAGUUUUAUGCUGAACAUGCAGGGCGUUUUUUCUAUCAAAGACUGGUUGAAUUCAUGUCAAGUGGACCAAUGAGAGCUUACAUCCUGGCUAGGGAUGAUGCUAUCACCCACUGGAGAGGGAUGAUGGGUCCCACAAAAGUGUUCAGAGCACGGUUCACUUCACCAAACACCCUCCGGGGCCAGUAUGGGCUCACUGACACCAGAAACACCACCCAUGGUUCAGAUUCCACUGAGUCAGCCAAGAGAGAGAUUGCCUUUUUCUUCCCAGAAUUCGCUGCAGAUGACUGGAUGGAGAGGGAGGAGCAAAGGUUUAGGUUUGGACUUGUUGAAUAUAAUGAGCAGAGCAAAAUUCAUACUCUACAAGAAACAAGAUAAUCACAAACCUGCGGUGAUCGAUGGGCUGGUGGAUCUUCAGAUAUCAAUGCUACAUUAACGUGACUCACUUUCACCAGUUGUUACCCUUCUGCAUGUUAUUUAUUUGGAUUUGUGAGAGCAUACACUAGACAAUCAAACAUCAAAACUGCCCCUGUGCCAAUUAAUUAAGAUCAUAUUAUUAGUAUGUGCUUUGUAUGUAUGUAAAAAAAAAAAAAAAAAAAAAAAAUAUAUAUAUAUAUAUAUAUAUAUAUAUAUAUAUAUGCACUAGCUUUGCAGGAGAGGUCAAUAAAUGUUUUUUUCUCUACAUA